CUCCAUCUUGGAAAGCGUUCUUCAGCCAAAGAGGGUUUCCUUCGUCAAGCUGCUCUAAUGAAUCCUGUGGAAUUUCUACUUUGGAGGAAGCCACACCGCUGUUGAACGAUGGAGCUGGGGAAGGCUAAACUUCUGCGAACCGGCCUUAAUGCCUUGUACCAAGCCAUACACCCUGAGCACGGGAUCGCCUGGACAGAUGGGAAGCAAGUGGCGCUGACGGCGCUGCGUUUUCACAACAAAGAACUGAGGUUUGGUGACUCGAGUGUAAUUGGCCAGUUUGAACACGUUCACGGGCUUUACUGGGGGCCGUGUUAUUCGGCCAACGCGCCUGCUUUGCUUGCUGUUCAGCAUAAAAAGCACAUCAGUGUUUGGCAGCUGAGCCACAAUGGCUCAGAGAAGAAUAAGCUCUUGAUUUCGCAGACCUGUGAAACCGGAGAACCGUUCCAACUGCUCCCCCAGGGCUGCGUGUGGCACCCAAAGAGGGACAUCUUGUCCGUACUUACCAAACGGGAUGCUUCUGUUUUAUAUGCGGUUCGUUCGGAUAAUUCUAGAGUUAAAGCAGAUAUAAAAAGCAGCGGUCUCAUCCACUGUGCCUGUUGGACGAAGGAUGGCAAUCGCUUAGUUGUUGCUAUAGGCAGUGCUCUCCAUUCCUAUAUCUGGGACGACACUCAGAAAACACUGACUGCUUGUUCCUUUUGCCCAAUAUUUGACGUUGGGGGGUACAUCUGUGCUAUUGAAGCUACUCUGGAUUUCCAAAUUGCAGUAGCUACUGAACUUCCUAUUGACAAGAUCUGUGGCUUAAAUGCAGGUAUCACGUUUGAAAUGCCAGUAGGUGUUGAAACCAGCUCCUUAACUUCACAGUCGACACAAGUGCUGGGGGAUGAGGAAUAUUCUAUGGACCACAGAAGGAAGUCUGUAGAUUCAGACAAAGCAACAGUCGAUUCAGUAGCUUCAUCUUCCUCAGGCCCUGUGGAUUUAACCCAUCUCCUCGCAAACCACCGAAGAUCUGAUCCCAGUCCCCUCAUUCCUUUGAGAAGAAAGGAUUACCCUUCAGGAUCUGGCCAAGAUUCAUCGUACUUGAUCCUAGUGACUUUUGAAGGAAAGGUGACUACCACCAGAAAAGUAAGCAUUCCAGGCAUCUUGGUCCCCGAUAUAAUUGCUUUUGACUUUCGAGCUCAGAUUGUGGCAAUAGCCUCCAAUACAUGUAAUAUUGCUUUGGUCUAUUCAGUGACAUCAUCGUGUAUGCCCAACAUUCAACAAAUCCAGCUUGACAAAAAUGAACGACCCAAGGGCCUAUGCUUUUUGACAGACAAACUCUUGCUAAUUUUGAUUGGCAAGCAGAAAUUCACUGAUCCCACACUUAUUCCGUCAUCUACUUCAGAAAGAUAUAUUAUCCGGCUGAUGGUCAAAGAGUUAAUAUUUGAAGAAGAAUCAUCGGCGAAACCGGAUGCCAUUCGAAGCCUACCCUUCAGUUGUGAGCCACCUGUGAAUAUUCCUGGGAAAAGAAAAUAUUUUGAGAAUCUUGCGUCAGAAGAUCACGUUGGAGGACGCGCGCUGUUAAUACCUCGUAGCACUCUUAUGCAGUCUCCUGGCCAAAGAAGACAAAUACUGGAAGAAGCAAAGAGUCCCAGUUAUGAGCAAAGCUCAUCAUCCAGCGUGAGUGAUUUGGAUGAUAAAAGACUUGUGGGUGACCCCUCCGUUGCGCUAGAAACUUUGGAUGCUGAACCAAUUAACCGAUCAGUGGCCUUGCUUGGUCUCGGAACACCUACCAGGUUUUCAAACAGGUCAAUGUCUGCUAAAGGGUUGCACGAGACUUUAAAUUCUCCUAAAAAUAACAUUUUGUCCUGUGAAAAAGGAACGAGUCACAUAUCCAGGAAUCUGGAAAGAUUAUGUGGCAGCUUCAGUGACUUACAGCUACGACUUCUUGAACUAAUAGACUUCGCUAAAAAUGGGAAGAGACUAUCUCCAGCCUACCCAUCUUCUCAAGAGCCACCCGUUGUGUAUAUUACCUGCCAGAAGCAUUUUUCACGUGGGGCUGUAGUUGAAGAAACAAGAACUGUUCUCCUUUGUGACGGUAAAGUUCAUCUGAAUCUAGUCCAGCAACUUUUUGAUCUGCCUGUUGUUGAAAUGAAACAUGGUUCUUCUUGGAUUAUUCUUACAGCAGAUGGUGAAGGCUUUAUUCCACUAACAUUUAAAGAAAAGCAAGAAAUAACAGUAAGGGACGGGAGUGAGAGUUUGGAAUCCUACGGAAGUCAGUCCUGCAAAAUAAACAUUUCUUCUCAGCCACCAAACAGUGUGACAUAAGGAGGAAACUACAUUUUAAAACAAGUUCUCCAAAAUAAACCUGCAUGGUUAGAAAAUGCCAGCAACAGGACUUCUGUCUGCAUUUUAACUAUAGUUGCUGUGCUUUUGUUUCACAGUAGCUAGUUUCUUCCAAGUGCUGCAUUCUGCAAGAUCAGAUUUAGAAAACCUGUCACUCCUGAAACUAAGAUGGAACGAAGAUACUAUUGUUGUCAGCCUGACUGAUUGGCACACGGUUUUGUUUUAAAGGCUUUACGGAAAUCUGAAAUAUCGAUACAUUGGCAAAAUAAGUUUUCAAGAUUUUCAGAUUUGUCGCAUGGCAUGAUUCCCACAACGGCAGCCCAAUAUACAGAACACCAGAAAGAGAACUAUAAGCACAAAAAGCUCCGAAAUAACUCUCUGAAGCAAAUUUUCAUGCACACAGUUCCAAGAAAUAAUACAAAAAGCACUAUGGGAGCUUUAACAAUCAUUUUAUUAAGAUCAAAAAGAUAAAGCAGAAGAAUCAUUCCAUUUCCUAAACAAUUUCUAUAGUAACUGGGAGAAGAACGAGAUUUAACUGCAGGUGUUGGACCUUCAUCAUUUCUAAGAAGAGUUCCAGAAAGACAUGCUUACAUUACAGUUUGCAAUAUGGAAAAGAAGGCAAACAAUAACCUUGUUUGUGUCCCUUUUUUGUACAGAUUCAUUUUCUUUCAGAUUGUUUUAGACCGUUUCACAACUGAUUGUUCUCUUCAUGGGUGUCACAUCUUUUUAGCAAACAAAUGUACAAUUUAUGAGUAAUCCACAUGAAGAACAAAUAUGUAUUUGUUUUGCCUCAAACUGGAUACAUAUGCAUUCUUCACAUGGAUGGGCAAGUGUAUGUAUUGUAUGUGUUUUUUCCAAUGUGGAACUUAGAUUAUGAAAUA